GGCGGCCCCUUCCCGCCCGGCCUCCUCCGGCCCGGCCGCUUCCCCCGCAGCUCCGGGCCCGGCUCUGCCAUGGACGCCGCUCGCAGCUCCCGGCUGCUGCCGCCGCUGCUGCUCCUCCUCCUGUUGCUGCUGGCGCCGUGGGGGCCGCGUGUGUCGGGGGAGCUCCGCUCGCUGCGGCGGCGCUGGCCGGUGCCCUACAGGCGCUUUGAUUACCGUCCAAAAACUGAUCCUUACUGCCAAGCUCGCUACACCUUCUGUCCCACUGGCUCUGCCAUCCCACUUAUGAAAGAAGAGGAUGUCAUUGAAGUCUAUCGAUUACAGGCUCCAGUAUGGGAAUUCAAGUACGGGGACCUACUAGGACAUUUGAAAAUUAUGCAUGAUGCUGUGGGUUUCAAGAGCUCUCUAACAGGCAAAAACUACACAAUGGAGUGGUAUGAGCUCUUUCAGCUUGGGAACUGCACAUUUCCACAUCUGCGGCCUGGCAUGGAUGCACCAUUCUGGUGUAACCAGGGAGCUGCCUGCUUUUAUGAAGGAAUAGAUGAUGCACACUGGAAGGCAAAUGGAACUUUAGUUCUUGUGACCACAAUAUCAGGAACCAUGUUUAAUGAAAUGGCACAAUGGGUAAAAUACGACAAUGAGACUGGCAUUUACUACGAGACCUGGACGGUUCAAGCAAGUCCUGACAAAAAGUCUACAGUGUGGUUUGACUCUUACGAGUGCUCCAAGUUUAUACUGAGAACCUACCAGAAGCUAGCUGACUUAGGAGCUGUAUUUAAGAAGAUACAAACAAACUACACAAGCAUAAUUUUAUUCAGUGGAGAACCUAUAUAUCUGGGGAAUGAAACAUCUAUUUUUGGACCACAAGGAAACAAGACACUGGCAGCAGCUAUAAGAGACUUUUACAAUCCAUUUAAACCUCAUCAGAGUGUCAGGGAGUUUUUCAUGGAUCUUUUCAAAAUAAUUGAUCGUGUUAUCUUGAAUCAUCAGUUUUACCUUUUCUACAACUUGGAAUACUGGUUUUUACCUAUGAAGUCCCCUUAUCUCAAAAUAAUUUAUGAAGAGGUCCCUUUGCCUGUUGGAAGCAAAGCAUUCUUUGGUGUAUGACUGCCUACUGAAGGACAAAACUUGCCUUUAUGGCAAAAUAUUCUUAAGGAUUUUGCGGCACUACCAUGAUGGUGUGAAGGGGUUGUAUGUUUCACUGCUGACUGUAAAAAAAUUGUGUCAGACAGGCUUUGCUGUACCAGGUGAAAGACUGCAUUUUUUUUCUUACGACUUCUAUAACACACUCAUGAACGCUUCAGCAUCUCUGACCUGGCCAGCUUUUGUGUAAGCAUGGCCCCCUGCUGCCGGAGGGGAGACUGCAGUGGCUCCUCUGGCUGAGCUCUGCAGUGCCAGAGGGGGAAUGGGGAGGCAGCUGCCUGCUCUUGGCUCAGCUGCUCUUCAGAUGCAUGGCCACGCGGCAGCAGAUGUCACCUGGCCACCAGCAGAGGUGGGACACAAGUUACAAGGACUAACUCGCUCAACAUGAGUGUCUAGAUGUGUCCAGUUCCUUCAACAUGUGCCUUACACUGAUGUUCGUGUAGUUCUUUGGUCUGUAUGGCUGUGGCCUAUGAACUAUUCUCUGGUAUUCUGGAGGAUAGCAUGGGUGAUACUUUUUCACCACUUUGCUUCCUUCAGCUGCACUGUAAACACUAUACAGAUGGCUCUUCUUCAGUUUCAUGUGUGUUCUGUGCCACAGAUAAAAGCCAAACUGCCUGCCUUGAUGUCAACUCAUGCAUAAUUGCAGUGUUCUAUUCUCCAGUCUACUAUCUUGAAGUCUACUCGAGACUUCAGUUGGGUCAGUUUCAUAGAUCUUGUGUAUAUUCCUUUCAAAUUUUUUAAAAAAACAUAGAAAUCUUAAUAUGAAAGAAGUAAUGACAGUGCUAGCAGUGAUGUUUGCAGUAGUGGUGCUGUGCUAGUUGUGCUGUCCUUGAGUCCUGUUCCAGGCUCAGCUUAGAGUACUUUGGUAACUACUUACUUUUCUUUAAAGCCAAGGGACCAAAGCCCAAGAAAUGCUGGCUUUUUGGAAACUACUGAGGUGCCUGCACACUGAAUAAGCACAGCUGCAGCAAUGUAAUCAUCUCAAAGUGUUCACUCCUUGCUGGGAUGUUUUUUUUAAGGUAGCUGUGGGAUGAAUUGUGCUCCUGCAGAGGUUAUUGCUGCCUUGUGGCCAAGUAGAAGCACAGGAACACAACUCUGCAGUUUCAUUUGGCUUGAGCCAAGCUAAUGCCUGCUGCAGCCAGAGAGCAGAGUUACACAGUGCUUGGAUUCAAACAAUAAGAAUGGCAGAAAAUUACCCUUGCAUUCAGAAAGUCACUAAAAUUAAUUAGUUGAAUUGCAUUAUCAUGUAAUGGGACAAGCAUGAGAGGUAAUUGGAGAAGAAUGAGAGGAUGAGCACACCUCUCUUCAAGUUGCUACCUCCACAGUUAGGUGAAACUUCAUCUUUUACCACAGACUGAAAGAUCUGAGUCUUCUUAGCCAAAGUCACAGGCCCUUGUGACUGAGCUCAGCUUUGGAUUAAGACACUUGUCAUGGUUUCACCCCACCCAGCAAUCAAGCAUCACACAGCACCGCCAGGAAGGUAAUCCAGGAGGCUCUAGGGAAAUCAAAGGGCCUGCACCAAGCCCAUCCACAGAAGUUACAUUCUCAUUUAUGUCUCUGAAACCUUCAAUGUUGUUAAACCCGCUUCUGUCUUCCUACGAACAUCACAAACCACUGUUUAAAGCUCUGAAGGGGAAAUAGGAUCACAGAACCAAGCUUAUAGAUCACACUGCCAGUGAUGUAGGGAUGCCUCCAUGCAGUCAUAUGUGUCCGUUUCACACUUUGAACACUAGCCUCAGUUUAAAGGUACUAAUUGUCAAUGCAGGAGUUGCCCUUUGUCUCCUCCUCAUAAGGAGUUGCCCUCGUAAGUUCCUUCUGAGGCCAGUAUUUAUGAGAGAGCUCUCACUUCCUUUGCUUCUCUCUCCUGUGGGGGUUUGUGUGUUAAUUAGUUGUUCAGACUGAAUGCACAGCUGGGUGGGAAUAAACUCCACCAGUACAAACUGCAGUCCUGAAGGAGGUGCUGUUGUUGCAGUUAAACUGGAAUCACUGCACUGGAAUGAGCUGAAGUUGUUGAGUGCAGUGCUGUCUUGUAGGUAGAAUCCACAAUCCUUGAGUUAGGCCUACAGAGUUAGAUCCAAAAAAACCAGAGCGAUGAUGAAUAGGCUAAUUCUGCAAAGUUUAGACAAGCUGAGAAUACAUCCAUAAAAAUGAAACUUUUAAAACUUAAAAAGGAAGCAUUAGAUGUCACAGCUUCUGUGAACCUGAUGAUUUGCUUGUGACUGAAAACCACCUAUUCACCUCAAACACUUAAGGAUGACCUCCUCCUGAAAGUCACACAGGGAGCAGUAGGGAGGAUCUCACCUCAUUUCACUCACAGCCAGGUGGUAUUAGCACUUGCCCAACAGUAGGAACCAGGGCACUGUCCAAACUGCCAGGCUCAAAGAUAAGCCUGGCAUUAUGUCACUCUCACUCCGUCUUUACUCACAUUUUGAAUACAGGACUUGUUCAUCACUUCAGACUGUGCUUGGUUCUGCUCCCUGCUCUCAUGCACGUUGCACUUGAGGGCAAAAAUAUACAAUCAUUCUGUACUACAAUGAUUUGGUAGUCUGCACAGUGGUCUUGUACAAAACUGCUGCAUUGUCACACUUGUGGGCUGCUCGGGGUUGUAAGCCAUGAGAGUUCUCCAGCAAAGCAGAUCCUGGCUGAUCAUCCAUCAAGGUCAAACGGAGUGUGCUGCUCCUGUUUCUUAAAGCACCGCACAAUGAAAGUCACUGUACCAAUGUUCUCUGUCUUCCCCCUCACAAACCCACCCCCGGAUGUCCUGGAUCAGGAGAGCUGCUGCCUUCAGUAUCUUAACUUGUAACUACGUGGAUUCAGAGGUAAGAUUUGUCACUGCACACAUUAACUCCUACCCAAAACUGGACAACCAAGCCAACACUUGAGUUUUGUUUUUCUGAUAAUAAGAAAUAAAGGUGAGCUUGGGGAAAAUGAUA